UUAUAAGUGGCAUACCACUUUCAAGAAUUCUCACAUACGUCCUGGGCAUAAGUGAGAAUUCUUCAAUCCACGGCGAGCACACCAAGCAGUGUAAGUCUUCGAGUCAGUGUCGUAAUUAAAUGCGUUUCAUUGAUUGUCUUCUGAUCUGUAAAUAUUUCGUUGGGAUUCACGAUAAAACGAGGAGCAGCAUUGCGUCCACGAGACAUGCUAAUCUGGUUAAAAUAAAAUUGAAACCAAAACCAUUUCAGUUUUUACGAACGUUAGACUGGAAAUUACUCGGGAAGGCAGGAUCUGUUUUGUUUAUAGAUAUGUUUUGUAAACGAUUCCAUCUUGUUGAGUAAAUUGCGAAAAGCCGAAGAAAGUGGUGAGAAUCUAUUUAGCGACACUCCACAGAAGAUUUCGUGAAACGUGUAGAUUCUAAUGUCUUGGAUCUUGUCCUUCGAUUGAGAGAGAAGAAAGCAGGAAUAAGUGGUUUUGUUGUUUGAACUAGCGAAACCUUUGCUGCCAUAAUGAAGAAAAGCACAAAACACUGUAAUGCAGAUGUACAUUAUCGAAGAUAUUUCAAGGCUCUUUCGGCGGAUUGGACAAAGAAGCCCAGUAUCUGUAAUGAACCUGAAAUUCUCCAGCAAUAUUUUAAGGAGCUCACCAAAACUCAAGAUUCAGCGGUGAGGGUAAGGAAAUUGCAUCUUAGCAUACAGAUGGCUCGGCAGAUGUUUUAUCAGGCAACAUUAAAUGAGUCUGCUUUCAAACAAAUUUUAAAACACCAUAAAGUUGAUUUUGGUUUAGAAAUGAAUCCCUUGAAUUCAUUUGAGAUAGAUGAUGAACAAGAUGUAGAAUCUAUGCCAGACUCGCCAAUAGAAAUCAAGUUUACUUCAUAUGAUCAACCCCCUAUGCCAGAACGGGCAUUUGAAGAAGUUUACUAUUUCGCUAAAUAAUAUCAUUAUAAUUAUUAUGUUUAAUGAAGACAACUUCACCUUACACUCAUACACACAAAAAAAAGAG